UGUGUAGAAUGUAUUUGUUUUGUACAUUUUAGCCAGUUCGGGACAUUUACAAAUUCCCUGGCUAACCUCUGGCGGAGUCCACUCUUCAAAAUUUAACAUCAGUAUUUAUAUUAGGCAUCAACAGAGCUGGACUCCUACCAUGUGGUUUAGCUGGAACAACACGGAGCAGAGCGCUGUCGUGAGCCAGGGCUACCAGGUGCUGGCCGAAUACCAUCUGAUCGAACAGGAGCAGCUAAGGAACAUAUACGCCAUACCCAGCUAUGCCAGUGCACUGCAUUGGUACGGAGUUAUCUUCAUACACAGUGGAUUCUAUGCGGAGAGCAUGUUCCGCUUCUCCAUAAUGCUGCCGGACAACUUUCCGAACGUUACCAGCCUGCCCACGGUCAUCUUUACAACGGCGUGCUACCAUCCACACAUUCGCCCGCAGACUCAAAGCCUGGACCUGGCGCCCUUCUUCACGGAGUGGAGCAAGAAUCACCACCACAUCUGGCACCUGCUCAAGUAUAUUCAGGCCAUCUUCGCCGAUCCGGACAGCAGCAUCUGCACCAGUCUUACUCCCUCCGGUGACAGAGUGUACAUGGAGGAAGCGUACAACAUGGAAGCCUUGACUAUGCUCUCCACUGACCGAGUUGCGUUCAUCAAAAAGGUGCAACAACUGGCUUCAUUCACCAGGGAACAUAUGUACGACCUGCCAACAUCCAAUGAUCCGCACUAUAUAGUCGUUGAACCGUUUUGUUCGGAGCGGCAUGAGAAGAUUAUGGAGCAGCUGAAGAGUCCCAGCUGGAAAGAGGCGACCUCCAUGGACACUUACCCACCGGCUGAAUGUUUGGCGAGCAUCGACACAUCCAGUCAAAUGGAUGAAGAGGAGGCCAUUCAGUGGGCCAAAACUAUCCGCUAAGAAUGCUCGGAAGCUGGAGCAGGAGGGGAAUGGAUGCACAGUCGCCGCUGCCAUACAGUAGCCUCAUAAAAAAACAAAAUAAACAAAUUAAACGAG